AUGAAGCCUCUUGUCAAUGAUCUGACGUCACCAUCUUUGCUUCUUGAAGGACGAAUCUCCCAAUGUCCGCCAGAAAAGUAUCUUGGGAACCGUAUCAGGCUGCAGGUUCAAGUAAUGAUUGAAUCGAUUCAGGCUCCAACCAGCCCCGAAAUCAAGAGUCAUGGCACUUCGCUUGGAUCUAUUUCGAACUUCAUGCUUUUCAACAAUUGGGAACCGGACAUGUUGCACCCAAUACACGUUGCUGCUCUUACUGCAGACGAAGUUGCUAUCAAUCGCCUAUCUAACGAUCCCAGAUCGGUUCUCUUAUCCUCACGUGGAUUCAGCCCAAUUCAUUUUGCUUGCAUUGGCGGGCAUCUGUCGGUGCUCGACCUCUUGCUCAAAAGUGGUAUGGAGGCCAACUCAGGUGGCGGUAGAGUCCCUACUCCAUUGCAUUGUUGUGUAUUCUUCAACGAAGAGGAGGCAUGCGCAGCCGCUGCUCUUCUCAUAGCGCAUGGAGCUGAUCCGAGUAUCGAAAUUGAUGAGGUUGACUGGGAGUACCAUGACAUACAACCACUUGGAACCCCACGUGAUUGGGCAAUAGAGUGUCGACAUAGAUCGCUUAAUCAAUAUCUACUGCCUUUCGAAAAAGAUGAGGAGUACAUGGCGAUGAUCGCAAGGUCAUUUUUCUGGGAGCUUGGUGGAGACCUCAAGGAGCAUUUUCGUGAAGCCGGCAAGGUCCCAUCAUCCGAAUCACACAUACACAGUGUUCUUCAACCAAUCGCAAUGUGGAUCGCACAUGGGGCCAAUUAUUCGGAGGCAAUGAGACGAACAGCUCAGUUGUGCAUCGAACACGAUCAAGAGUAUGGCCUCUGCAAAGGGCAGAAUACGAAUUGGGAAAGUCUUAUGCUCCUCAUCAACAACGCACGCUUUGAGGACGACUUUGUGCUCGUUCACGCCUAUUUGGACUUUCUGCCAGUUGAAGAAGUGAAACGACAAGAAUGUGAUGGACGAACAGCUCUUUCAGACGCAAUAUAUCGCGCACAAGACAAGAGGAUAUGGACCGACGUUAUUCAAAAGUUGGUGAACAUGUACACCAUAAAGGAAUUAGAGGUCAACGUAUUGGCAAGGCACGACGACCCAAGUCCGCCGAGCGAGGUAUAUCUAUCCUAUUACAAGUACUUCCCCACAAAGUUCUAUCCAUAUUUGCACUGGGCGACAUUGCAUGAAUCCAUUAUUGGAGCUCGCAUUCUACUGCAAAAGGGUGUAGAAGUUAACCAGACCUGUUCCGAGAAAAACUUCGAGACCCCCUUCGCGACUUGUCUUGGACAAAGAGAGUCGGCAGAUAUGUACAACCUGCUUCUAAGUUAUGGGGGAAGGAUGGAUCCUAGAGACCCCACCUACUGUGAUUCCAUGCUCGAAGUCCACCUACUCCGUUUGGAAAAUGACUAUGACUUUCUUGAGAUAGCAAUGCGGAAGGAAAAAGAACUGGGUACUUUCGCACAGUCCCUCCAUGGCGCCUUCGAUAACGCAAUCGACCUCUUUUCUUCUACUUCACGGAACCUACCCAAUGGCUCUGAGUACUUGCUGGGAUCGAAUUUAACGGCAGAACACAUCAACGAGCGGGACAAGCUGGGCCGGACACUAAUACAAAAAUCGGCGAAAGGACUCAGCGCUGAAGUUGUGAAGCUUCUGCUGGAAGCAGGCGCAGACGCUAGCAUUACAUUCGAGGAUGAAACAUCAGGAAAUCAUCUGACACCAUUGGAGAUGGCUUGUAUUACCGGCAGAUCGUUCAACCGCGUCUCAUAUACAGUAGAGUCCAAAGCACGGUUAAUAUCGAAACGAGACGCAUUGCCAGUCGCCUCAGAACUACUGCAAUGGCAUCACGCCAGGUCUGAUGGAUUAUUCGAAGGUAUAACGAAGCUUCAUCUUGCAGCCUAUAUACACUCGGAAAAGGAUAUAAGAGUGCUACUCGACGCUGAGUACAAUCCAGAGGCGAAGGGCAGGUGGCCUAACAUUCCAUAUCUAGUUACGCCGAAAGCUCUAUGUCGGGCCAGGCACGACUACUGGUCAAAGCAAACAGGUACUCAAAACGAAGAUGUGGCACGUGCUUCCCCCGAAAGUGGUAUUGCGCCAGAAGCUCCUUGCCACAGUAACGAUCCUUUUUGGGACAUUCCUGUAUGGGACGUAGAAGAGCUGGACGGCAUGGACAGUGAAGUGAAGGAGUUCUUUUUAUCCCUCGAUUUUGAGGCCACAGCGGAACGAUUACGCACUAUAGAUGCCAUGCUUCCGGGCUAA